AUGGGCGAGGCUAGUCGAAGCCGGCGUAUUAUUUGGGUGGAUUGUGAAAUGACAGGUCUGGAUGUUAGCAGUAAAGUAAUCGUCGAAAUUGCCUGUGUUGUUACUGAAGCUGAUUUGACGAUUGUCGAGGAGGGGCUUAAUUUGAUCAUAUCGCAAUCGAAGGAUGUUCUCGAAGGAAUGGAUAACUGGUGCAAAGCAACAUUCACAUCCAAUGGCCUUCUGCAGGAAAUACGGUCUAGUAAAAUAACUAUACAACAAGCUGAGAAUGAGGUAUUAGCAUAUGCCCGACGUCAUACUGAUUCCGGUAUGUGCCCUCUUGGUGGUAACUCUGUAGGUUCUGAUCGAAUUUUUCUACAAAAAUAUAUGCCCACAUUUGAAAAGCAUUUCCAUUAUCGAAACAUCGAUGUAUCCAGUAUAAAAGAGUUGGUAAAACGAUGGUACCCAGACAUAUAUGCAAGGAAGCCGCGAAAAGAAAAUAUCCAUCGAGCGCUUCGUGAUAUUUAUGAGAGUAUUCAAGAACUGAAUUGGUACAAGAAGAAUAUUUUUAUCCCACAGAUAUAA